UUUCUCAGUUCAUUUCUAAUAUUUACAUUAAGUUGCUGAUGUAACAAGCUCAGUAGUGGACUAAUUCUAUUCUACAUUAAUUUUGUGUUGAGUUGUGGUGUGUAAGAAUGGUUAUGUCAGUGCAACUAUUAAGCUGUAUAACAAAGCAGUUUGGUUAUCUACAGAGGAAGGAAGUCUUACAAUUUUUUCAGAAAUAUCCAAAAUCUUCAAGAAUUAUGGUGAAUCAUAGAUUGUUAUCUACAGUACCACCAAAGAGUCAACCACCAAGGAAGGAGGCUGGAAGCAAGGGGAAGGGACCAAUAACCUGGAAGUCCCUCCUAGCCACAGGAAUUAUUGGGGCUAGUGUUUUGGGUUUCAUGCAGUAUGUUAGAAAAGAGAAAGAAUUAGCUCUUGCCAGAGAAAGGAAAAGAGUAUUAGGAAAGGCCAGCAUUGGUGGAAACUUUGACUUAAUUGACCAUAAUGGUAAUCCCAAAAAGAGUGAAGAUUUUCUAGGCCAGUGGGUUCUGCUCUACUUUGGCUUCACACAUUGUCCAGAUGUUUGUCCUGAUGAGCUGGAGAAGAUGGCUGCUGUAGUUGAUGCUAUAGAUGGAAUGGAAAAUGCACCCAACAUCCAACCUUUGUUCAUCACAGUGGAUCCACACAGAGAUAGCAAGGAGGCCAUUAGAGAGUAUUUAAAGGAGUUUCAUCCAAAGAUGUUAGGUCUUACAGGGUCAGAUGAGAAGAUUUCGGAGGCCUGCCGCGCUUACAGAGUAUACUUCAGUGCUGGGCCCAGGGAUGAUGAUGAUGACUAUAUAGUGGACCAUACUAUCAUCAUAUACUUAGUGAAUCCUGAUGGAGACUUUGUGGACUAUUAUGGGCAGAACAAGACAGCUGAACAAGUAACUGCUAGUAUUGCUGUCAACAUGAAGAAGUAUGAUGACAUGAACAAGAAGGGUAUUUUAAGUCGUUUGUUAUAGUUGUACAGUAUAAAGUGUUGCAAUAAUUGAGGUUUUAAUUUAUUAUGAAAAAACGACUUUCGUAAUGAGAAGUUAUAAUUAUUAAAAAAGUAAAAAUUUUUAGAUUUUUUAUAUAUACAUAUAAAUUGUAAGUAUUAAUGUUAUAGAAUGGCAGUUGUACUAUACUACAAACGUGGGUAUUUGUUGAGCAAUCAUUCCUUAAAAGUUUCCAUAGCAGGCAGUAAAACUUUAUUAAUUGUGUUUGUAUGAAGCUCAUUGUAAAUAAACAUUUUUCAUUCA